AUGGCUCGAGAUCGGUACCUGACCAUCUCCUGGAACAUUCAUAUAAGUGACCCGGAGCAGGAUGCCAAGAAUGACCAAACAAAAGGAACCCCUCAGCAUGAUAAACUGUUCCGACUGAAGCCACUUCUGGACACCAUCCUGAUAGCAUGUAAAACGCACUUCCACCCAAGACAGCACAUUGCCAUAGAUGAAAGAAUGGUGGCAACAAAGGCUCACACAGGAAUGACGCAGUAUAUGAAGGCCAAGCCGACAAAGUGGGGCUUCAAACUUUUUGUCUUGGCAGACAGCAGCAAUGGCUAUACAGUGGACUUUGCUAUUUACACAGGGAAGUCCCAGUUUUCCUCCGGUGUGGGACUAGCAUACGAUGCUGUCCUUUCCCUUGUAAAUCCCUCAUUCCUGGGCGGUGGUUACGAGUUGUAUGUGGAUAAUUUCUACACCAGCCCAAAACUGUUCAUGGACUUGUUUAGCAUGAACAUCAGUGCUUGUGGCACAUACAGGGAUAACAGGAGAGGAUGUCCCCACAUCGAAAACAACUCGAUGAAAAAAAAAGACGAAAGGGGCACAAUACGGUGGAUCAGGGAAGGCCCACUAGUGUUUGUGAAGUGGAUGGAUUCGCGUGAAGUUUCCAUCUGCUCCACCAUCCAUCCGGCUUACGAAGGUGCAACAGCAAGACGGCGCUUCAAAGGUAAUGACGGCAAAUGGGUCACCCGGGACGUUCCAUGCCCUCAGCCUAUUGUGGAGUACAACAAGCACAUGGGAGGAGUUGAUCUGUCAGAUCAACUCAUCCACUACUACACUAUUCGCCACUCCACCAAACGCUGGUACAGGACCCUUUUUUUUCAUUUUAUGGACAUAGUGGCCACAAAUGCGUACAUUUUACACAAGGAGUUGUGUACAGAAAAGGGAGAGACCCCGUUGUCUCAUUUACACUUUCUGGAGGAGCUGACAGCCCAGCUGUGUGGUGUGUCGGCCACUGUGCCUCCUGUGAAAGCCCCAGCAGAACACUUACCGGUGCCACUGCUGUUAAAGAUGGCCGCAGACUCUGUGAAGCGUGUUUCCAUGGAGCUGGGAGGCCACGCCCCCUUCAUCGUCUUCAACAGCGCCGACCUGGACCUCGCCGUGAAGGCCGCCAUGGGUUCAAAGUUCAGGAACUCUGGACAGACGUGUGUGUGUUCAAACCGCUUCCUGGUUCAGAGCGGUGUUUAUGAGGACUUCCUGGACAGAGUGGGCAUUGCCAUGGACCGGGAGCUCCGAUUGGGCCAUGGGAUGGAACCCACCACCACACAGGGUCCACUGAUCAACCAGAGGGCGGCAGAGAAGGUGGCGCUGCAGAUCUCAGACGCUGUGAGUCGAGGAGCGCGGCUUCUCAGAGGAGGCUCCCGAUUGGAUGGUUCCUUCGUAGAGCCCGCCCUCCUCGCUGAUGUCACCACCGACAUGAGCUGCACCAGAGAAGAGACCUUUGGCCCCGUGAUGCCGGUGCUAAGGUUCCAGGUGGAGGAGGAGGCCGUGGCCAUCGCUAACGCCUCAGAUGUGGGACUCGCAGGGUACUUCUUCUCUUCAGACGUGUCUCAGAUCUGGCGUGUGGCGGAGGCCCUGGAGGUGGGCAUCGUGGGGGUGAACGAGGGCCUGGUGUCCUCCCCUGAGGGAGCCUUUGGGGGAGUCAAACAGUCUGGGCUCGGGAGAGAGGGCUCUAGGUACGGCAUCGACGAGUACCUGGAGGUCAAGUAUGUGUGCUUCGGAGGACUGAGGCCUUGA